AUGAAGUUGAAGGUGCCUGGCGACUUGGCCGAGCACGUUUGGUCGACCUGUUCAUCCGUGGCUUCCGAGACCAAGCGCCAUAGCUGCAGUGGCAACAAGCUUAACCUACCCACCGGGCCAAGACCAGUUGGUGGAAUAGUGGCUCAGUCGAAGAUGUCUUGCUCUGACGUCUGCCGAUAUCCGUCCCAUCACAUGGCAGGUUGGAACAAGUUGGUCGCGGGCUGGCCCUUACCCAUCGUGGAGGCAUCCGGAGUCCUCUCCGAGCUGCAGAUGACUUCACUGGUUGACCUGGCUGAUGAGAAUGAUCUCUGGCGGCCCUCGGCGCGGCGUGGUGGAGCCGCCCUGGAGGGCUCCCCGUGGACAGCUUUGCUAAGCUCGCCAGAGCACCGGGAUCAUCCUACAGCCAGGGCCCUGCGGCAGUGGACGGCAGAACUGUUCAAAGCUCCCAUGGAGAACGUGGAAGCAGUGCGAUUGAUCCGGUAUCGGCAAGGCGAGGGUGCCCUUGCCGCGCAUGCAGAUGCAAGGCCUGACGGCGACACGAGCCUGUGGCUGAGCGGGCAACGACUCGCCACAGUGAUGCUGCAGCUGGGAGCUUUGCCCGAUGGAGCUGGCGGCGAUCUGCUUUUCCCUUUGCUGGAGGAGGGUGGAGGAAAGCAGGUAGCACUCCAGCCUGGGAGUGCCCUGGUGUGGCCAACCAUUGACCGCGAUGGCCACCCAGAGAAGCGGGCCGCACGACAGGCUCUGCCGCUUCAACUGGAUGCGACGAAGUAUGUGGCUAUGACGCUGGGACUUGGCUGCGCACUGGACCUGCGCCAGGUGAGCCAGGGGGUGUGCCCGGAUGAGGCCCUCGAGAAGUCGGUGAAGGACGUGAGCCCCAAUGCGGCGCAAGGCUACGAGGAUGUUGUCCGGCACCUCCCGAAGCUGGACGCCGCCCUGAAAGAUUCGCCAUCUGCGACGCUGGAAGAUCUCUAUUCAGCGCUUGCCUGCUGCAGCCGUUGUGAUGAGCCCUGCCGCUUUGAGGGAGUGGGGCCUCCUCCGUCCCGGGUCUAUUGCACCACCUCAUGCACAAUGGACUUUCUCGAUUGUUUCCAAGAGGCGCUUCGAAACAUGAGCACCUGCAAAACCGAGCGGCGCAGCAACCCCCACAGCUUGUACAGGUGGGUAUAG